AUGUUUCAGUGUUCUUCGCCGAGCAAUCGGCUUCACGCGCCGUAUCAUAACUGCUGGUACAAAGGCUCCUAUGUCAUCGUAUCCCAAACCGCCCCAACAAAUGUUGGGGACCUAUACGCACACUUCCGCCCCCUCCCCUCUGGAACCAAACAUUCCCAGGCUCAGCUACAGCUGCCUUCACCACUACGAAUCAACGACCUUCCCAAGGCUGGUGGCGGUAGUAGGCCGGAAGUGCUCCCAAGUCUCCCGUUCGUAACUGCUAGCCUUGCCUUCGAUGCAUCAGAGUACUUCACGCAAGUGUACGUCUCCUCCAUACUGGUUAAAUCAAGUCCUCAGGGGUCGACGCUCACUCGCGGGGUGCAAAUCCUGGGAAAAGAAAGCUUCUUCCGGAUUCGCAGGUCCUGGUUGUGCGCUGCUUCCAGGGCACCAGGGGGAACGGAGGUCUUCUGGUUGGAUGAAUUGCGGAAUGUAGGGCUUCGUAUGAAGGUUGCCGAGAGUGGGUUUGGGUUUAUGGAAGAAGGGGAGGAGGUUGGGGAGGUUGAAUGUGCUACUGUGUUUCUUGUUAGGUAUGAGGAGUUGGUCAUCCGGACAGGGCAUUUGGUGGAUUUGUUUGAGAGGAUGGAGAAGGUUGGGGGUGGGGAGGUUGGUAGUGCUCGAUCGAUUAAUUGAUAGAGAGCUGGUUGCGUGAUAGGUUGAAUGGUGUGUUCUUUGCGACCUUUCGGAAUGGCUGGUGGGGCCUGUUCCGGCAUAUCUGUAUUUGGUAAUCGCGAUGGGUGGGUGUAGAUAUGAAGCAUCUGAGAUCAGAUGA